UUUUAUUGUGUUUUAUUUGUUUCGUACAUACAUACAUAUCCGGGUCCCGUUCCAGCUAGUGCCGGGUCUGGUUGUUUACAAUGCCUUUCCAUCUUGUUCGGUCCUCCCACCAUCGCUCGUCCUCCACCUGCCGCCAUCGGUGUCCUCUCUUCUCCACUUCGUUGGCCACUGAGUCUGUCCAUCGUCGUCGCGGUCGUCCUCUUGGUCUCCUCCCUUCAAUCCUCAUCUCCUCCAUCCUCCUUGGCAGCCGAUCCUCUCUCAUUCUCUUCAUGUGCCCAAACCAGCGUAGUCUCAUACUUUCAACCUUUUCCCUUAUACUCCCCAUGUUCAAUUCUCUUCUUAUAUCCUCAUUUCUAACUCUGUCUCUUCGUGUCUUCCCCUUUAUUGCCCUGAGGAACAUCAUUUCUCCUGCCUGUAUUCGACUCGACUCUCUUUCCGUCAUCGUCCAUGUCUCGGCUCCGUAUAAUAUGAUGGAAUGACAAUCCAGAAGAGGGAGCUGCAUCUCAGCAACUGGAUAUGGAAGAACCAACUCCUGAAAUUACUGAAGAGCCUCAUUCUUUGGAUGAAAAAAC